UGCCAAACAAAACAGGAUAUUCAAGAUGACCCAGAGGCAGUGAGGAGAUGAUGUUUUUUUUCACAUAAAUGAUUUUCUGUCAAGCUUUUACUUUUGCAUUAGGAAAAUUAUUUUACUAUGACUCACUUUGGAGUGAGUCAUAUGAAGAAAUGAUUUGAAUAUCGCUUAAGUUACUUGAGAAACUUAUUUUAUGACAAAUUAAUUUAAAAAAAAUGAUUUGACAAUAACUUUAUUCUUAUGAAAUCUGACAUGUGAGAGAGUGAAAGACUGUUGGAUUUACAGUGAAUCCCUUUGUCACACUGUUUUAUUAUCUGAGCUGAUACAAAACAACAUACAGUAAUUGCUUAACUCAAAUUAAAGGACCAGCCCUUUUUUUUUCAAAGGUAUAUCAAGGACAAAUCCUGUCUUAUAUUCCAGCUAAUACAGUAAUAUAUCCAAGUUUGUUCUGGAUAAUAUUUGUAUUUUUAAAAGAUGACACAAAUACACCAAAAACAGACGCCUAUAACCAAACACAGGCUCAGUUUGGAGGGAGGAUGUAAAAUCAGAGCAGGAAAAAGGCAGUUCCUCAAACAUUCAGCAGAUGGCACCAUUGCUGUACUUUGCUUUACAAACUCAUAAGCAGACAAGUGUCCAAAUUUCACCAAUGCACAUGUUUACCAACAGGUUUCACAUGAAAUCUCCCCUCUUUUGGAAAAUAUCAGCAACAGAGAAACUGUGUAAAUCUCAGCACAGCGGUCUUUGGGCCCUUUUUUUUGGAUGUAUAGAUCUUAUGGUACAUAUGUCAGUUAAGAGUGUGGGAACUCCCCCUUUGUCUCUUUCUGGCUCUCCUCCCUCUCCUCAUCUCUCUGCCCUGCAACAGUCCUGAGCUGCAAACCUCCUCAGGGACCAUCUGAGACUCAUCAGGACCCCUCAGAGGACAAGCAGAUGUGGUUUCAUCUCUCCAUGACUCCUGAGCUUUUGAGCGACCUUUGCACAAAGCCACGGAUCUCUCUCUUUUUUUUGGAUCAGAUCUGGUUCUGGGUUUUCAAAAUUUAGGAUCAAGAUCUUGUUUUCAUCUUAAAAAUCCUGGAUCAUGAGGAUGUGCCAGCUCUUGCAGCUGACGGUUGUACUUGUGGGACUCUGUCAGGCCCACAGCGCUCCCCCUACAACAGUGUCUCACAAUGCAGGUAUGGUCCCUGUGGCCCAGGUGAGGAUGCUAUCCCUGGGUCUGGCUCACCUGCUGCAGGGUGUGAAAGAGAGCGCCAAGUGGCUGGAGCAGCAGGGGGAGCAGGUGGAGGCAGAGUUGGACGGGGCUGUGAGGGGUGUGGAGAGUCUUCGUAAGCAGAAUUUUCAGGCAGGACGGACUCGCAGGCAGGUGAGGAAAAAAUCCAGUUUUAUGAAGAUGAUCCAGUUUGCAAAGCAGAGCAGACUUCUCCCAGUGAAACCCCCAAAAAUGUCAAAAUAUCUUGCAUCAUAAAAUUGACCACACCAGUACUCCAAAAAAGUAUUUUCUUCAAGUAUAUUCAUUUUUUUAAAAAUCCUUUUCUGACCAAUCUUCACAUUCAGCAACAUUUUUAACAUUUUGUCAGAUACACUAUUCACUGUCUGGAUAAUGCACUUUAAACUGCACAAAUAUGUAUAAAAGUUGUGAUUUGAAUAGUUCUACUUUUAAUUUCAGUAAUAGAGGCAUUAGUUAAAGUCUGCACAAACACACUCAAGGUUGAUAGGGAUCUCUGUUGAACUACAUGAAUAUGCUCACAUGCCCAGAGGCUCCUUGAUGUCUACUGCUAUGAUUUCCUCACUAUUCAUCCAAAAAUGGAGGUGUUUUAUUUCAGAUUAAAAUCAAAAUAAUUCAUCUGCAAAAUCUGUCAUAAACGAUGAAAACAAAAGUCUGUUGAGGAUUCACAUUACACAUAUUACAGGACGGUGGUGAUAUGACCAUAACUUCAUUGUGAAAAUGAGUCUAAAAAAAAACAUCAUGGAGAACAAUUGAUCAGUACAUUCAGCCACUUUGACAGAUGAACAAUGCAGUGAUUUUCUGUCUUGAGGUGAGGAAGGACCUGCAGAUUCUCAGAGCCAGGGGGGACCGGCUGUGGAGGACUGUCAAAGAUCUGCAGAAAGGACUGGAGGAUCUGGAGUUGGAGCAUGGAGACAUACAGCAGCAGAUGGACCGGAUCUUCCAGCAGAUGAAGAGUCUGAGUGAGCCGAGGUCAAGGGGCAAAUCGCAGCUGGACAUCAGCUCUGUGAAGGUAGGAAAAGAAAGAUCUAAUGUUCUGAUAAAAAGCAGGCCUUUUUAUGACGCCAGCCUUUUUCAUUUAUUUUACAUGGGUUUUUAUUUAUUUUUGUUCAGGAUGUCAUUGCCAAACAAGCCAGGCAGCUCAACAGUUUGACAUCAGCAGUUUCAGCCCAAGACGGAAUGAUUGACAGACGACAGAAACAUAUUGAACACCUGGAAAAACAGGUGUGUAACACUGACCUCCAGCACCUUUGUCACUUACACCCCAGGCCUUAAGUUAUUUUUCUGAUAUUAUGCAACUUGGGACGUCUGGGUACAGACUGUACACUGUCUCAUACAGGAGACAUAUAAAGAUGACACAAAACAAUAUAACAGAACACCGUACGAUAUGAUAUAAUACUGUAGGAUACGAAUCGAUACAGUGCAGUACCAUACAAUUCAAAAAGACGAGUUAAGAUCAGACAUAAGAAAAUAUAUAUACAGUACAAUAUGACAUGAUAUGAUAUGAUAUGAUACAGUUUGAUAUGCUAAGAUACCAUUUUGGUUGAUCAUUUUAUGGUACGAUAGAAUAUGAUAACUUUGAUGAUACCAUAACCUACUUUACUAAUAAUUAGUGAAACAAUAUGAUACGUCUUAUAACAUGUGAAGCCACACAGUUUGGGUACACAUCUGUGGUAAGUAGUUAACAAAAGUUUAAUUGUUUCAGAGACCAUUUCAAACAAAAUCUUCAAUUAUCAGGAAUUAAUGGACACAAUGAAGUAGAAGAUGUUUCCUUGCACAUAUAGAGCUAAUGUUAUGCUAGCAAGAGUCCAAGUCCCGAGCAAAGUGACUGGUGAUUAUGGCUGCAGCCUGAAGUUAUGUCACUAAGCUGAAGGUGGACACUUAUGGCCAAACACGCAUAAACACACAUAAACUGUAUUUAAAUAUAAUAAAGUUACAGUCAAAUUUAAACUUUAAUUUGGAGCAACAUUUUAUUUAUAACUGAGCCUCAUGUGGCCAUUUGAGGAACUACAUAUCUAUUUUGGUUUCAUUCAUGUACACUAGUCUUAGGGUUAACCAAGGCUUAAUACUAGUUCAUUUUUACAUUAAGCGCUUUUCUCUGUGUGUUUGUUUUAGGUGUCUAAAAGGCUUCCAGCAGCACUGAGGGCAGAGUCUGACUCUGACACUGUCUGAGGAGCACAGCUGUAUCAACACAGCCUCUCCAAACCAAUCACAUCACAAGUUACAAAAUACAUGUCCCAAAACUCACAAAAAGAUGUGUCAGUCAACUAAUAUGUGUCUAAUUUUAAUGAAUAAUUUCAAUUACAAGGGCUCUAAAAGCUGUGUUGUAGCUAUUGUUAUGGUGUGUGUGUGAAAGAGGCUCAAAAAUAAAGCUCUCCUGUUCUUGAGUCAUCAUGUUGUGGCUCUGACUUCCUCAAUAUUGUGACUGAUGAUGGUGAAACACCACACACACCCAAAUAAACACUCUGGAGUAAAGAAACUUUCACAUACCAACAACAAACCAAGCUCAAAAUUUCAGAAUUAAAAAAAAACUAAGAUUUCUGCUUGUGUAGAAUAGAUUAAAAAUAGGUCAAAGGUAGUCAUGUUAAACUAUAAAAUUAAGAUAUGACUGAGAAUAUGCCCUGAUUUGUUGAAUAAAUAGCAUUUGUACCCAAGAUCAACUCAUAGUGAGUUUUUAAAGGAGAUGAUUGGGAUCAGGAAAAACCUUAUUGCAACAUAUCUGCUUUUAAAAUCACAUUUUGGUUGAAACUUUUCACCACUGCACAUAUUAUACUCAGAUUUAGGUGAUUUAGGUGCAAAUGCUUAAAUACUUUCAUCAUGGGUAUCUUUGUUAAACUCUGACAGUUGUAGUUCAUGCACAGUUAAGUAUAUGUAAGAGGAACUCUUUCAGCAUCAAACCUGAACCAUCAUCUUUGCUCCCUCAAAGCUGGUACAAAGCCAAGUAUGACAAAGGUCAUGUGUUUUAUCUCUGAGGACUGAGCUGAUAUUCAAUGGCGUCUAGUCGCUGUCUUGACGGCCGACUUGCAGGCAGUCUGAUCCCUCUGGUGUUCCCAAACAAACCUCCAACAACUCGAACUCUGUCCUACUUAGAGGAAAAACAAUAACAAAGAACCAGGGGAGAAAAAAGAGGAAGAAAGUCAGAGGUGGACGAGGAAUAGAGUUAUUCUCAGGGAAUAAUCAUAAUAAUGAAACAAAAGAAAGAUUUAAAAAGAACAAUAGAGGGAAUUAAAGAUGAUAGAAAACAAGUUUGUCUGCAAAAAACAACAGGAGGUAUAACACAAAGCAACUCAAAGGCAUACAAAUCAUAACUUUACUGUACUUUCAGUAAAUGGGAGAGGAUGAAUGAAACUUGGUGGAGUGUAAGGUCCAGCAGGUGUGUCAGAGCUGCAACAGCACCCUCUAGAGGUCAGAAGAAGACACGAACAUCUUUCUGUGACAAUGACUUUCCAAGUAUCUGGAAAGUCAUCUUUAUGCCAGUACAUCAUAUUUAGUAUCUCCUAAAGCUUCCAGUGUACACAGUUACAACCAUAGACUGUAUAAAGAAUGUUAUAUUGACAUGUUAUGUUGACAUGUAGUUAUUGUAAGACUGGUUUAUGCCCAAGUUUUUUUUUUUUCUUUACAGCUCCGUUUUUAAAAGUUAUUAGGGGGUUCAUGUUUUCUAUGCUUGACACCUGGUACAGCCUAUGGGCGUUCAGGGAUUGCGUAGCUCACCCGGGGGGAUAUGCUUUUUGAGCCGAGCGUCAUCACAGGGACUCUCGGCGACUGCGCGGCCGAAGGCGCGCAUCGCUACUGCGCAGCUCUGGCUUCGAGGAAGUGGAGAAAAACCCGGAAUUACCGAGAGCUUUUUGGCUUCAAAUCAGUAUACAGGUGGAAGGCGGAACCAAGUUGUCCGUAGUAUAUACAGUCUACGGUUACAACACAGUACAUUGGUGAGUUUUAACACAAGUGACUAUUUUUUAUGAGUUUUGACUAAACUUGUUUUAAAAAAUCAAGCAGACACAAUAAAACCUUUACUGGCAGGAGAAUUUUCCAUUUUCAUUGAUGGUAUGAUAAGUAUGAGAAGCAAAUCUGUGUAUCCAUAAAUUCACUUUCAGCUAACUGAUAAAAGGAGGACAUGUGCAUCCUUACUAAUAUCUAUAUGAAAGUGAAAUAACCACAUUUACAGCCUCACUUUUACUCUGUCUCUUUUUCAGGGUCAAAUUCAAGUCAGAUCACUCUGCAUCUCUGAUAAGGUGAUACGAAAUAUUCAAUAUUUGAUUGAUUAAAAUGUACUGUUCUCGAGGGGGAGAUCUCAAGUAAUAUAUGAGAGAACAAAAAAAAUGAAGGAAGGAUAAACUAUCUGUACAUUUUAUUGAACAAGAUGAUCACGUGUUUGUCUUUGUGGAAACUCUAAACCUGUAAAAUAAUCAUUAACUAAAGCAGCUAUUUGCCUCGAUAAGAAUCGUUUCAGUGUAAACAUAGAAAAAAGAAGAUGUACACGGAUUAUUUCCUUUUCUAGACUGAAGUGUAACAUGUCUGUGUCAUUUCUUAUCAUUUCCCCUCUUGUUUCCUGUCAUCCUCUUACGUGAAAGGUGUAACGUGCUGCACUGAAUGCGUAGCCUACUUAUUAAAGAGGAAAUGUGUGACUGAAUGUAGGUGCAAAAGAUAUUGAUCAUUAUCAUCUUCAUCAAUACAAAUUUAUUAAGACUAAAUCCUGUACACAAAUUAACACUCAUUAACUCUAACCUUACCAUGGACAUGGGCCUGGCUUUAACAAAAACUGUAACCCAAACCUUUACCCUAAACCCCAAUCCUAACCCUUGCCCAAACCUUAACCUGGUUAAACCUAACCCUAAAACAAAGCUCAACCCUAAACCUAACCCUAACCUGAAUGCCAAACCUCACCCCAAACCCUAAUCCUAACCCAUACCCAUACCCAAACCUUAAACUGCUUAACCCUAAUCCUAAAAGUAAGCCAGGCUCUGGCCUUCAACCUAACCCUGAAAAUGACCCUAACCCUCAACCUAACCUUAACCUGAAUGCUGAAUCCUCACCCCAAACCUUCAUCCUGAGGCCAGGCUCUUGCCUUCAACCCCAACCCUAACCCUAACCCUAACCCUAACCCUACACUUAUAACCUCAACUUUAAGUUCUAACCCCUAACCCUAACAUUACAAUUCUGUGUUAAAAAAUUUCCAAGCUCUGCAUCUGGCCAUCUUAUUUUACUGUAGAGGUGGUAAGUGUUCCUGUAAUACUUUGGUCUCUACAGGAUGCACUAUUUCCUUUUUAUGUAACUUUGAAUUCUUUUUCUUGCUUCUACAAGUGGACAAUAGUGUGGAGUUGAAUGUAAGUGAACAUUUUUGGUUUACUUUUUGUUUUGUCCUUUCUUAAAAUGCAUAUCUCCUUUUCUUAAAACUCACUUCCUGAAGGUAACAGUGAGACAACAAAUUAUGGACUCUGUAAAAAGUUAAAAGUAGAAACAAUACAGAAAAGAAACUAAAAAAGGGACAAUUUUUUCCAAUUGGGAGAAACUGUUUCGCAUGUCAACAAAGAAGCUCAUAGAAGAAAGAGAUGU